AUGCGAGCUGCAUAGCUAUAACUACCCUCCCACCUCUCUCAGCCACACGUCCACAUACCCUCCCAUUUUGCUCCCUUGCUACACAGCCGUUGCCUUUGCAUGUCAAGCAACUCUAAACAGUACGCGUACUACUCCUUCCCACCUACUCCUAAUCGCACCUCUCCAUCUAGUCGACGACGUUACGAAUCACGAAGUAAUUCCGCAUCCACCACCAAGUCUUCUUACGAAAUGGCCCCAUCUCCCGCCGCAGGAAAGCAGCAGUCCGGCUCCGUUCCCAAGACUCCCACAAAGCUUCAGAGAAAGCCUGGCCAGACUCCACAGCGACAAGGCCAAGCUUCCGCAAGCAAAGCUCCAUCCACUCCAAAAGCUGCCCAGUCAGCGAAGCCAGAAACAGAAACAUCCGAAUCAACAGGAGCUGGCCAGAAGGCCGACCAAGCCAAGGAUCAGGCCGAAAACACAGCAGGCGAUGUCAAAAGCCAGGCCGGCAAAGCCCAGUCGGCGGCGCAGAGCUCCGCAACUGAUGAUGACGAUGAUGAGCCAUUGAGCAAGGUCUCUCAAGCCGGCCAGCAAUCCAAGGAAGGCUUGGAGCAACAGACUCCAGAGCCCAUCCAAGAUGACGACGAUGACGAAGAAGAUGAUGAUGAGGAAGAGGACGCAGUUUCUGGCGCCCAGCAACAGGCUAAAGACUUCCCUUCGCAGGCAGAGGACGAAGCUGAGUCUACUGCGGACGACGCCACCGAGAAAGCCGGCGACACCAUUCAGUCAGCCGACGAUGAACAAGAGGACUCCCAGCAAGGCCAGAAGCAGUCGCAGCAGCAGCAACAAGGCAAGAAAGGCAGCGGACUUUUGAGUGGCGCCCAAGGCCUUGCCGGCAAGGCAGGGAAUCUUGCCAACAAGGCUUCCAAGGAUCCUAAAUCUGCAGCACAAGAUGCCCCACAAGACGCCAAGAAGGGCGCUAAGAACACUGCAAAGGGGGCCCAGGACGAUGCCGAGGACGCCCAAGAGACCGCAGAGGGCGGUCUUGAGGAAGGUCAGAAGGUCGCCGGCGAAACCACAGACGAUGCCGAGGACGCUGCAAGUGGCGUGCAGGAUAAUGCUAAGCAGGCCACCGACAAGGCUGGUGAAGCGGCAGAAGACGCGACCGACAAGGCCGAGGAUGCCGCCGAAGAUGCCAAAGAUACUGCGGAAGGUGCCACGGAUGAGGCCAAGGACACUGCAGAAGAUGCCGCAGACCAGGCCAAAGACACGGCAGAAGGCGCCACAGACCAGGCCAAGGACACCGCGGAAGAUGCCAAAGAUACUGCCGAAGAUGGGGCGGAGGACGCCCAAGACACCGUCGAUGGCGCAAAGUCUGAGAUCCCAGUCCCCGAAGGCCUUCCAGUGGACCUCAAUGUGCUCAAGGGUCUCGAAGUUCAAGAGGAUGGCACCGUCCUUGACAAGCAAGGCAAUCCCAUCGGUCGCCUCGCGGAAGGCGACGCGGAGGAUCUUUCUGGUUAUCCUAUCGGCGACGACGGAGAAAUCCUCGACGAUGAUGGGGACUUGGUCGGCCGCGUGGAGCUGAUGCCAGAUGAGAUCAAACGCCAACUACAAGAGUCUCGCGAGAACGGCGAAGAGCUGCCUGAGGAUGCCCAAACCUAUCUUGGGCAGCUCGAAGAUCAAGCUGAAGAUCAGGCUGAGGAUGUUCAGGAUGAGGUCGAGGACAACCUCCCAUCUUUGUCCAUUCUGGAAGGCCUCACCUGCCAGAUCGACGGAUUGAUCUACGACAGCGAAGGCAACACUGUCGGCCGAGUCACCGAAGGCGACCCAGAGAAGCUGCAGAACGCUGUCCUCAACGAUCAAGGCGAGUUCGUGGACCAGGACGGAAACGUCGUUGGCAAUGCAGAAAUUCACGAAGAUGCAGAAGAGCUUGUCGAGCAAGGCAUCUAUGAGCCAGCUCAGCAGGCUGCGGGCGAAGCCCAAGGCGAGGCCGAAGACCGUGUCGAUAGCGCCCAGGAAGAGGCUGAUGGCGCUGCCGAUGACGUUGCUGGCAAAGCUGAGGACGGCGUUCCAACUGAGAUCGAGGAUCAGCUGCCUGGCAUCGAGGCCCUGCAAGGCAAGGAGCUGAACGAAGCCGGUGAAAUCGUUGACGAGGAAGGAAAUGUCCUUGGCAACAUUGCCGAUGACUCCGAAGACCUCAAGAAGAAGAUCGAAGAGGGAGAGAUCGAUCCCGAGAAUCUCAAGAUUGAUGAAGAGGGUAACCUUGUUGAUUCGGAAGGCAACGUCUUGGGCAAGACCGAACUUGCCGAAGGUGCUGCUGAGAAGCUUCAACAGGCCAGCAAGCUUCAAGACCUUCGCAUCCUCGACGGCAAGCGUCUAAACAAGAAGGGCAAGAUUCUUGAUGACGAAGGCGAGGAGAUUGGUGAGCUUACUGAUGGCGACCUUUCUCAAGCUGCCGGAGGCCGUGCCAACGACAAGGGCGAGGUGCUCAACAAGAAGGGCGAGGUUGUCGGUCAUGUCAAGGUCGUCCCUGGUGACGCCGCCGAGCAGGCCACGAAAGAACUUCUUGAAGAGCUCGGCGAACUCGAAGAUCAAGAGGAGCAAGGUGAAGAUGAGGCUCCAGCGGAAGGCGAAGAAGAGGAAGCUCCAGAGGGCGAAGACGAACAAGCUGAAGAGCAGGAAUCUCAAUACGAAGAGCCCGAGCUGGAUAUCCUUGACGGCCUGAAGGUCAACAAGAAGGGACAAGUCCUCAACGAGGAUGGCGAGCCAAUUGGUGAACUCACUGCUGGAGACCUCUCCAAGUGCGCCGGCAAGAAGAUCAAUGGCACGGGCGAGGUGGUCGACAAAGACGGCAAUGUCAUUGGCCACGUCCGCACUCUGCCUCAGAAGGUCGAGGAGCCCGAAACCCCUGCCGUGUCCAUCUUGGAAGGCCUCAAGGUGAACAAGAAGGGCCAAGUGCUCAACGAGGAUGGGGAGCAGAUUGGCGAACUUACUUCUGGUGAAGUGAACAAGUGCGCCGGCAAGAAGAUCGAUGCCAAGGGCCAAGUCCUGGACGAGCAGGGCGAGGUUAUUGGCACCGUACGCACUCUUCCGAGUGAAAACGAGGAUGAGCAAGAGGAAGGACAAGAGCCAGAACAAGAGGGAGAGGAGGAGGAUGGCGAAGACGCCACCCAACUCCCACCUCUCUCCGCCCUCGAAGGCUUGUCUGUCAACAAAGCUGGCAAGAUCAUCGAUGACAAUGGUGCCGUGAUUGGUGAGCUCACUGAAGGAGACGCCAAGAAGCUGUCGAAAUCUGGUAUCACCGCCGACGCUGAAGGCCAAUUCUGGGACAACAAGGGCCAUGUCAUCGGUCGCGCAAAGACACUUCCACAAGAAGACGCAGAAGAGGAAGCACCUUUCGCUGGUCUCGAAGGACUACGCGUCGUUGAGGAAGGAUGGGUACAAGACAGCGAGGGCAACACCGUCGGAUACGUUACAGAGGGCGACUCGGCCAAGCUUCUCGGCCGUGCUGUCGAUGAGGAUGGCGAUAUUCUUGACAAGAAGGGUUCUGUCGUUGGACAUGCCGAGCGCUACGUGCCCGAAGAGGAAGAGGAACAAGAAGAAGAGAAGCCAGAUCUCUCCUUCCUCGAGGGCAAGACUGUCACCAAGCAAGGCUUGGUGAUUGGCGACGAAGGAAUCCCUGUUGCACGACUAGUCGAGGGCAACGCCAAGGAGCUCACUGGACGCCAACUCGACAAGGAAGGCCAGUUCUGGAACGACAAAGGAUCCGUCAUCGGCAAGGUGGAACUUAUUCCUGAGAAUGAGCGCGAAGCCAAGCCCGAGGGACCUUUCGCCGGCUACGACGACUUGCGAGUCAUCGAAGGCGGGAAGGUUGCCGAUGAGGACGGAAACGUCGUGGGAGAGAUUGUCGAAGGAAACCCCAAGCGUCUCGUUGGCCUGUCUGUCGAUGAAGAUGGAGACAUUCUCGAUAAGUACGGCAACGUCAAGGGUCAUGCUGAGCCAACGCCUGACGAGGAACCAAUCGACUACUCCGUGCUCGAUGGCUUGACCUUGAACAAAGCUGGCUAUGUUGUUGACGACAGUGGCAUGCCAAUUGGCAAGAUCGUGGAGGGCUCUCCAUCGGAUCUUGCUGGCAAGAAAUGCGACGAGAACGGCUACAUUUACAACGAUACCGGAAAGGUCGUUGGUCGUUGCGAGCCUCUUCCUGAGGAUGAGCGCCAGAAGAAGGCCGAGGGUGCAUUCGCCGGACUGGAAGGCUUGCACGUUGUCGACGGCGGCUACGUUCAGGAUGGUGACGAGAAUACUGUCGGCCAGAUCACUGAAGGUGAUGCCAAGAAGCUUGUUGGCAUGAAGGUCGACGAAGAUGGAGACAUUAUCGACAAGUUUGGCAAUGUCAAGGGCCAUGCCGAGCGCGUUGAGGAAGAAGAGAAAGUCAUUGACUACUCCAUUCUCGACGGUCUCACCCUGAACAAGCAAGGUCUUGUUGUGGAUCAGAACGGAACGCCUUUCGGUCGUCUCGUAGAGGGACAAGCUUCCGAGCUCGCGGGUCGUCAAUGCGACGAGCAGGGCUACAUCUACAACGAUCGCGGCAAGCCAGCCGGCCGCGCCGAGCCCAUCCCAGAAGAAGAGCGUGUUGCUCGUCCUGAGGGACCAUUCGCCGGUCUGGAGGGUCUUCACGUUGUCAAAGAUGGCAAUGUAGAGGACGAAAACGGCAAUGUGGUCGGCUACAUCACCGAGGGCAACGCCAAGAAGUUGGUAGGUCUCAAGGUCGACGAGGACGGCGACAUUAUCGACAAGUUCGGAAACACCAAGGGUCACGCCGAACCAGUCGAGGAAGAAGAAGAGCAGCCGGUUGACAACUCUGCGCUUGAGGGUAAGUACCUCAACAAGCAAGGCUAUGUUGUUGACGACAAGGGCAUUCCGUUCGGCCGCCUUGUUGAGGGUAACGUCUCUGAGCUGGCCGGCCGCAAAUGCGACGAGAAUGGAUACAUCUACGGCGACACUGGCAAGGUAGUAGGCCGAUGCGAGGUCCUACCUGAGAACGAGAGAGUCGCUCGUCCGGAAGGUCCAUUCGCUGGUCUUGAUGGCCUCCGCGUAGUCAAGGAUGGAUUCGUCGAGGACCAAGAUGGCAACCGAGUCGGCCAAAUCGUCGAGGGCGAGCCUAAGCGACUAGUCGGACUCCACGUAGACGAGGACGGUGAUAUCAUUGACAAGUACGGCAACGUCAAGGGUCACGCUGAGCCUUGGGAAGAGGAGGAAGAGGUGGCACAAGAUCUUUCUCGCCUUGCUGGCACCACGAUCAACAAGUCUGGCUAUGCUGUAGAUGGCAGCGGAUCGAUCAUCGGUCGCGUUGUUGAAGGCGACCCAAACAUCAUGAUCGGAAAGAAGGUCGACAAGGAAGGUCAGAUCUGGGACGACUCUGGCAACGUGAUCGGCAAGGCGGAGAUCGUGACUGGUGUGAACUCCGAAGAAGGUCCAUUUGCUGGCUUCGACGAACUUGUCAUCAACAAGGACGGCACAAUUACUACCCAAGCUGGAGACAUCAUUGGUCGUGUGACCGAAGGCGAUAUCAAGAAGCUCCUCGGCCACACCGUGGACGAAGACGGAGAUAUUCUCGACAAGAACGGCAACAGAAUCGGACGAGCCGAGCGUUGGGAACCAGAAGAGAAGGAACGUCGCGUCAAUCCUAUGUCUGGCAAGCGUGUCAACAAGGAGGGAGAAGUCCGUGACGACAACGGCGACUUGAUGGGCAAGCUCACGCAAGGCGACCUCGGACACUGUGUCGGUCAAGAGAUUGACGACGCUGGCAACGUGGUUGAUGUCGAAGGCAACAAGAUUGGUGAGGUCACUCUCAUCGAAAACAUUGCCGAAGACGAAUACGAGGGUCCAACUCAGGAAGAGCUUGACGAAGCAGCCAAGCGUGAAGAGGAGCGACAGAUCGCCGAGAAGAUGGGCGGCAUUUGCACGCAGACUCUCGAGCGCAUGCAACCCAUCUGCAAGCAAAUUAAGGAGCACAUGGAGAAGGCUGACAGUACUCCAAAGGAGGAGCUCGACGAGGAGGAGCUUGUCAACCAAGUCAAGCCACUCAUCGAGGAAGGUGGUCGCAUCCUUGGAGAAUGCAACGGCUCUUUGCGUGGACUCGACCCCGAUGGAAAGAUUGCCGCACAAGCCAAGGGUCGUGCUGGCACUGGAGAGGCCACUCCAGAAGAGUUCCGUCUCGCCGAGACACUCAAGGAGCUUACCACGACUGUUGUGACAACCAUCGACGACGCGAAGAAGAAGCUGAACAACAUGCCUCACGCCAAGAAGAAGCUCAACCCACUGUGGGGCCUCAUGACCCAGCCUUUGUUCCAGAUCUUGGCUGCUGUCGGUCUCCUUCUCGCCGGUGUUCUGGGACUUGUCGGACAACUGCUCAACGGUCUUGGUCUCGGUGGUUUGGUCAACGGUCUCCUCGGUGGCCUCGGAAUCAACAAGCUUCUGGCAUCAUUCGGUCUCAUCGACGGCGACAAGGACAAGAAGAAGCAAUCCGGAAAGAGCAAGCUCUCUUCCAUCCCCGUCGUUGGCGGUCUGCUCGGAGGCGGUAAGUAAAUGAGUGUGAAAGCCCAUUGACACAUCGUCACAUCUUCCCCAUACCUGUAAUUCGCAUCUCGCAACUCUUGGGUAAGGGAGAUUGUGCAUCGAUGUGUCAGGGCUUUCUCUACUUGUUUGCUCACCUCAUCUUCUCCCCUCCGCUUUCGUGUGAGCACUCUGACCACAUAUUUUCGACCUUUCUAGACGAUAAGAAGAAGAAAGACAACAACAGCAAAAACGAGCAAGGCGCCGACGCGACCGAAACAGCAGAGGCGUUGGAUAAUUGGCAAAAGCUUGGAGGGCCAGUUCUUAUUGGGGUUGAGACCUCGUAAUCAUUUUUUUGGAUUGUUUUCGCGCGUGGGAUGGAAAGCAGGUUUGGCGCUUGGGUGACUUGGCUUUUGGAUUUGAUCUUCGACGACGAUGUGGAUGUGAUGAGAAAACGGCAACAUACUUGUACUUUACUACUGCGCAGCGCAUCUUUUUUCAUUCGGCUUUUGUUCAAAAAGCUCGAUGCCCUUGGGAGGGGCCAGUCUUUUCUUUUGUGUAGAUGGAUCUUGUAACAUAGCAAAGGCAAUGGGAGC